AUGCCGGAGAAAAAAGGAUUCGUCCGACUUCCAGCUAUGAGCGUCGAUGUAUCCAGUGGCAGUGGCAGUAGAAUUAACUUACUCCGUGGCUGCGCACCCAGCUUCCCAGAACCGCCGCCAUCCCGCAAGACGCAUUCGUCGACUCUACUGGUUCCGCGACCGCAGGCGGCGGAAGACAACGUGUGCUACAUGUCAAGCUGCGCGGCCAUCAACGACAUCCACCCAAAGAACCGGAAUAUCGUGGUCGAGCCUUGGAACGAGGUAGACAAACGGGCUUGUGACAGCGGCGCAGGACGCCGGAGGAGACUGUUCCCAAGGCCCGAGUGCGACCUGCUCGUUGAGAUGGACGUCAAGGAUGCCCUGCGUCAUCGCAGUACAACGCAGGCACUAGGCACCGUGCAAAAAUCCCAGCACCAGAUGGUGGUCAACACAGGAGGCCUGCCGAUAUGCAGUUCGGACGAGUUGAUUACGCGUGGAGUCGACGCUGGCGUGAAAGGGAUUCGCCAGGGCAUGGAGUGCUGUGCACUUGCCUCUCCCAAGUGCCGCAUCGGUGUCUUGGGCUGCAAGCCGCCCAUCCACCUGUGCGACACGCUGACGUACUGGUUGACGAAAGCCGAGAGUAACAGUGACACAGAUGACGUGCCACCUGGUCACUACACCCUCCUGCAUGCGAGUUUGACGGAGUUGAUGGCACGUGGAGUGGGAACUGGCCUGAGCCGAAUUCGCCUGGCCCUGGAGUGCGGCGGCGUGGCUUCGCUGGUGUAUCGACUUGGCGCCUUGGGCAACAUGCCGCAAAUCCAUGCCCACGACACGCUGUCCUGUCGGCUGACAACGAUGUAUUGCAUUAAGGCCGAGUGUAACAGCCACAUGGACGGCAUGCCAUCUCCAUGCAGCUGCUUUUGGAGGCUAAACACGAGGUUUCCAGAUGCUGCGGUCGUUCCUGGGGUCCCUGGAUCCGAGCGCACCGACGACGAUCGCCUCCACGGACACCGUCUGGAACUUCCGCAGCAGGUACCCCUGGACGGGAUGGCACUUCUCCUUCUUCUGGCCAGCCUCGUUCAGGGCUGCAGGCCGGUUGUCAAACGGGCAAAUGAUGUCCACGAUGAUCGCCUCCUCGCCCCUGCAAAGAACAAGAUCGGAACGGAGGCGGCGAAAGACAUGUCAAGCUGCGUGGCCAUCAACGACGUCCUCCCAGAGAACCGGAACAUCGUGGUCGAGCCUUGGAACGAGGUAGAGAAACUGGCUUGUGACAGCGGCGCAGGACGCCGGAGGAGACUGUUCCCAAGGCCCGAGUGCGACCUGCUCGUUGAGAUGGACGUCAAGGAUACCCUGCGUCAUCGCAGUACAACGCAGGCGCUAGGCACCGUGCAAAAAUCCCAGCACCAGAUGGUGGUCAACGCAGGAGGCCUGCCGAUAUGCAGUUCGGACGAGUUGAUUACGCGUGGAGUCGAUGCUGGCGUGAAAGGGAUUCGCCAGGGCAUGGAGUGCUGUGCACUUGCCUCUCCCAAGUGCCGCAUCGGUGUCUUGGGCUGCAAGCCGCCCAUCCACCUCUGCGACACGCUGACAUACUGGUUGACGACAGCCGAGAGUAACAGUGACACAGAUGGCGUGCCACCUGGUCACCACACCCUCCUUUUGACGGAGUCGAUUGCGCGUGGAGUGGGAACUGGCCUGAGCCGAAUUCGCUUGGCCCUGGAGUGCGGCGCCGUGGCUUCGCCGGAGUAUCGACUUGGCGUCUUGGGCAACAUGCCGCAGAUCCACGCCCACGACACGCUGUCUUGUCGGCUGACAACGAUGUAUUGCAUUAAGGCCGAGUGUAACAGCCACAUGGACGGCAUGCCAUCUCCAUGCAGCUGCUUUUGGAGGCUAAACACGAGGUUUCCAGAUGCUGCGGUCGUUCCUGGGGUCCCUGGAUCCGAGCGCACCGACGACGAUCGCCUCCACGGACACCGUCUGGAACUUCCGCAGCAGGUACCCCUGGACGGGAUGGCACUUCUCCUUCUUCUGGCCAGCCUCGUUCAGGGCUGCGGGCCGGUUGUCAAACGGGCAGGUGAUGUCCACGAUGAUCGCCUCCUCGCCCCUCCAAAGAACAAGAUCGGAACGGAGCUCUCAGCCUCAUGUGAAAGUGCAUUCGAAAAAGUUGCCAGCUACACCAAAGUGACGCAUCUUUCACUCACCAUGGACACUGCAAAACCCCGCUGUGCUUUCAAGCCUCAUGUAACCGAAUUGCUAUUUGUCCUCCGCCUCGUACAAUUGUCACUUACGAACUUCUCUGACGUCAAACUUUCUACCAUUGCAAGUCAGUGUCCCCAGCUGAAGUCCCUUCGAAUAAGCGCGUGUGACAUUGAUGAUGAAAACACCCCUAUCGAAGAUUUCGCUCACCUGGAAUAUCUUCGCAUCGGUAGCGAUAUGAAGGAACACGCAUUCUGUACGCUCCUGAGGUCCUGCCCGAACCUUCAGGAACUGCACCUCGUAAAAGUUGAACUGACGACAGCGUUUGUCGUAGGCCCGUCGUGUGGCGAGCGUCCCUGUCUAGAACACGUGCAGCGGCUUACACUUGGCACAAGAAAAGGUUCCAAAUGCGCCCUCGAGGACCGAAACGACCUGCCAUCGCUACUUGACUCCACUCUGCUCGGUCUUCCUUCGCUUCGCCUCGUGCGCACUGACAGCUUCAAUAUCCGCCUCCACAUCAUUAGCUGCUUCCCAAGUAUUUCGUUGGAAUGGUGUAGCUGUACCUUCUGCUUAGUAGAGUUUGUGAAAAUCAACUGCGUCGAAGAGAAAUCCCCGGAAUAAGAAUAAGGCUUAGUGCAGGUAAAGCCCCAAGAACGGGGCGAUGAGGCCAUAAAGGCUGAAGGAGCAAUGGACGAAAAAGACGAGGUAAAAAUAGAAAGUCAGAACGGAAAAUAAUUAAGGCAGGAAAUACAGCGCUCG